GAAAGGCGGAGCAGGGGGAGGUGUGUCUUUAUAAAUGCUCGGGCAGCGGUCAGGCGCGCACGCAGCGGUCCGAAUGGAGACUUUUCAGCACCGCGGCUGAGAACAGGGCUCUUACCCCGCGGUCACCACUUCUGGAUUUCUCAAUAAAUUUCUCUCUGUCUCUCUCUGUCUCUAUCCAAUUCAUUUUUUAAGAGGAAAACAUCACCUUGCACAUCUCUAGAUUUUUCUUCUGUUUUUCAGGAUCGUUGGCGGAGAGCGCAGGCGAGGUGGGGCAGAUGCUGGCGGAGGCAGGGCAGAAGGAGGACGCCGUGUGCUCCUACGGAAUGAAGCUCAGUUGGGAUAUCAACGAUCCGCAGAUGCCUCAGGAGCCGGCCCACUUCGACCACUUCCGCGAGUGGCCCGACGGCUACGUGCGCUUCAUCUACCGCAGCGACGAGAAGAAGGCCCAGCGCCACCUGAGCGGCUGGGCCAUGCGCAACACCAACAACCACAACGGCCACAUCCUCAAGAAGUCGUGCCUGGGUGUGGUGGUGUGCGCCCGGGCCUGCGCCCUCCCCGACGGCUCCCGCCUGCAGCUGCGGCCCGCCAUCUGCGACAAGGCGCGGCUUAAGCAACAGAAGAAAGCGUGCCCCAACUGCCACUCGGCUUUGGAGCUGAUCCCCUGUCGAGGGCACAGCGGGUACCCUGUAACCAACUUCUGGAGGCUUGAUGGCAACGCGAUAUUUUUUCAAGCCAAGGGCGUCCACGAUCACCCAAGACCGGAGAGCAAAUCAGAGACGGAAGCUAGAAGAAGUGCCAUCAAGAGACAAAUGGCCUCUUUUUACCAACCCCAGAAAAAGAGAAUUCGAGAACCAGAGGUGGGGGAGAAUCAAGACAACAGUGGACAUUUCAACAACAUAUCUUCCUUGGAAGAUUCAGAAGACUUUGAUAUAAUUACUGACACCGGCUUCCCUAUUCCAGCACAGCCUUGCUUUUCCUUCCCGAGCUCGGAUGCUUACAGAGCUACCUGUGACCUCGCCACCUUUCAAGCAGACAUAAUGCCACCCUUUCAGAAAUAUCCAAACCCAAGAAUCUAUUUGCCCAGGGCACCUUGCAGCUACGAAUUGGCAGGUCCUAGUUACACAAAUCCAAACACACAUCCCACCCUUUGUAAAAAUUCCAGCAAUCUCCCGAAUGACACGGACUGGGUCCAUCUAAAUGCACUGCAAUAUAAUGUCAACUCAUACAGCAGCCUUGAGAGAAGCUUUGAUUUCGCCAGUAAACAACAUGGCUGGAAACCAGCUCUUGGAAAACCUGGCCUUGGGGAGAGGACGGACCAUGGACAGUUCCAGGCCGCGUCCACUCACCCUUAUUGUAGCACGGAGCUUCCCUGUCGGUACCUCACGACUCCCUCCGCAGGUGCUCCAGCACUGCAGACUGUGAUCACCACCACCACCAAAGUGUCCUACCAGGCCUACCAGCCUCCUGCUCUGAAAUACUGUGACAACAUAAAGGAAGUUAAGAGCCUUUCGGGGUGUAACUAUGCUUCUGAAAACAUCCCCGUGUCCAUCUACCCGGAAGGUUUGGACUUGCCGACCACAGCGGCCAGGGCCUCUCCAGCAGGGCCGCUGCCUUUGAAAAUUCCAGGUGAUUGCAGAGCCAUGAGACCCACUUUGGCUUUUCCUCAAGAGUCGGCUCCCUCCGGGACAGACGGAGCAGAGACUUGGGACGUGUGUCCACCUAGGUUGGGGUCGGCAAUCAGUUAUUCGGAUGGGGUUAGUCCAUUCUUUAGCUAUGGCAGUGAGGACUUUUGAACCAUAGUCCUGGGCACGACAUAGUAUUGGUGUCCAUGCAGGUAGGAAACAUGGACUAGGAACUCUCUUGUUGAGUUGGGAGAUUGACCUAGGAGACACAUACAAUAAUAAAAAUGUUGAUCAGUUGAGAAAAUUAUGGGUUGGGGGUGUUUAGAAAGUAUAGGGAAAUUUUGCACAGCAUUUUAAAACCUAUCACAUGACAUAGAAUUAGGUCUGAAAUGUGACUCUCCCACAUGAACCUACAAGCAAACUGGCUACCAUGAUGAUCAAUGAGCUAAAUUCACUGGAGGAGAAGCCAAGAAUCCUGGUUCUCCUUCUAAGCCUUUCCCAGUUGACCAUAGAGAGUUUCACAAAUUCUUCUCUGGCCUUAGAAGUUGUCAGAAUAGCAUCAGGAAGAAAUAUUUACAAUCUUCUCUCCUGAGUCACUUUGUAAGUGCUAAAUAGAAAUUUUAUAAUCUCUUAAAAGAGCUUCAGGAAAUACAUUUGAUCAUUUUAUCCCAAGUAUAUAUCUACUGCUUUUAAAAAAAAUCUACAGUAUUGCAGUGAUAAGAUGCCAUUGUUUUUAAGAGAAUCUUCUUUUGCAGUAUCAUCGGAAUACCUUUUCUUGACAUUGAUGAAGGUUUUCAUUGCAGACGCAACCUAACGGUGAUGUGUAGUUAAUGGAUUAUUAUUGUGCUAAAAUAUGGGUUUUUUUCCUGAUUCGGUUUCAGAAUUAGAACUGAGAUGUUUUAUUCAAACACAGAUUUACUGUUCAUUUGUUACUCCUCAUAAAUGUCAUUGAUAAUGUUCAAUUAAAUGUAA